AUGGGCUGGCCCAAAUCUUCAAAUGUGUCUAAAGUCCGCAGAAUUUACCUCAACAAACCUCACAGGAACAUUUUUUGCAAAAAUGUCAUCAGCACAACUAAGUACAGCAUGUGGACAUUUCUCCCUCGAUUUUUGUAUCUACAGUUUAGCAAAGCUGCCAAUGCCUUCUUUUUGUUCAUUGCUAUAUUGCAGCAAAUUCCAGAUGUGUCUCCAACAGGAAGAUAUACAACGCUCUUGCCUUUGAUGAUUAUUCUUUCAAUAUCAGCCAUCAAAGAGAUUAUAGAAGAUUAUAAACGACAUAUGGCAGACAAAUUAGUUAACACAAAGAGAACAACAGUGUUAAGACAGCAGACAUGGAAAGUGAUAAUGUGGAGAGAGGUAAUUGUGGGUGACAUUGUGAAGACCACAAAUGGGCAUUUCCUCCCUGCAGACAUGGUCCUGAUUUCUUCCAGCGAACCUCAGGCAACAUGUUAUAUUGAAACAUCUAAUUUAGAUGGAGAGACAAAUCUAAAAAUCCGGCAGGCUUUGUUAGAAACAGCUGAAAUGCAAACAGAAAAACAACUGUCAAGCCUGUCUGGAAAAAUAAAAUGUGAAGGACCUAAUCGUCAUUUCAAUAGCUUCAUUGGAACCUUGUACCUAAGGGGUAAAAGCCCCAUUCCAAUUAGACCGGACCAGAUUUUGCUAAGAGGUACUCGGCUUAGAAAUACUCAGUGGACCCUUGGUGUAGUUGUUUACUCUGGAUUUGAAACCAAAUUGAUGCAGAAUUCAGUUAAAUCUCCUCUCAAGAGAUCAAAGGUUGAGAAAGUGACCAAUGGGCAGAUCCUGGUGUUGUUCCUGCUACUUUUGCUUAUGUCUUUGGUAAGCUUUGUAGGAGCCAUACUCUGGAAUAAAAAGUAUGGAGAAGAGAGUUGGUACAUCAGGAAGAACGAUUCCAAGCCCCAUAGCUUUGGGUUUGACAUAUUAGUGUUCAUCAUCUUAUACAACAAUCUCAUCCCAAUUAGUCUGUUGGUGACUUUAGAAAUGGUGAAAUACACUCAGGCACUAUUUAUAAACUGGGAUGAAGAUAUGCAUUACAAAAAAAAUAAUGUCUAUGCAAUGGCCAGAACAUCCAAUCUGAAUGAAGAGCUUGGGCAGGUAAAAUACUUAUUUUCUGAUAAAACAGGAACCCUCACUCGCAAUAUUAUGACACUUAAGAUGUGUACUAUAGCAGGUAUAGUUUAUGGUCAGCCAUCUUCCAUCUUAGAUUCCUGUGGUUUUAAUGAUCCAGCAUUACUGGAGAACUUAAAGAAUGGCCAUCCCACAGAUGAAUACAUAAAAGAAUUUCUUACCAUGUUAUGUGUGUGUCACACUGUUAUUCCAGAAAGAAAUGGGGAUAAUAUCAUCUACCAGGCUUCCUCCCCAGAUGAAGCAGCGUUAGUGAAGGGAGCAAAGAAACUUGGCUUUGUUUUCACUACCAGAACACCAUCCUCUGUCACUAUAGAAGCUAUGGGAAAAAUUUUUACCUUUGAAAUUCUUAAUAUCCUGGAAUUUUCAAGUUAUAGGAAAAGGAUGUCUGUAAUUGUACGAACUCCUACAGGAAAUCUCCGUCUGUACUGCAAAGGGGCUGAUACAGUUAUUUAUGAAAGACUUUCAAAAGAUUCUAUCUUUGUACAAGAGACAUUAGAACACCUGGAAUAUUUUGCCAGAGAAGGUCUAAGAACUCUCUGCAUUGCCUAUACAGAUUUAACUGAGAUCAAAUAUCGGCAGUGGCUGGUAAAGUAUAAAAAAGCUAGUACAAUUGUAGAAGGCAGAAAUCAAAGGUUGGAAAACUGUUAUGAUAUUAUUGAAAAGGAAUUUUUGUUACUUGGAGCCACAGCCAUUGAGGAUCACCUUCAAGCUCGAGUUCCAGAAACGAUAACAACUUUACUGAAAGCAAAUAUAAGAAUAUGGGUCUUAACAGGAGAUAAAAUAGAAACUGCAAUUAACAUAGCAUAUUCCUGCAAACUGAUAUCAGGUGAAAUGCCUCGUAUUCAAUUGAAUACAAAUUCAUUUGAGGCAACACAACAAGCAAUUAAUCAGAACUGCCAAGAUCUUGGAAGCUUGUUAAAUACAGAAAAUGACCUUGCUCUAAUCAUUGAUGGUGAAACAUUGAAGUAUGCCCUCCAUUGUGAAAUUAUGAAGCAAUUCCUCAAUUUGGCCCUCUCAUGCAGAACAGUAUUAUGUUGUAGGUUAUCUCCCCUCCAAAAGGCUGAAAUAGUGGAUUUGGUUAAGACACAUGUGAGGGCCAUCACUCUUGCUGUUGGGGAUGGUGCCAACGAUGUUGGAAUGAUCCAGACAGCCCACGUAGGCGUGGGAAUCAGUGGGAAUGAGGGCAUGCAUGCGAGCAACAACUCAGAUUACUCCAUUGCACAGUUUAGCUACUUGGAGAAGCUUCUGUUGGUUCAUGGGGUCUGGAAUUACUUUCGAGUGACCAAAUGUAUAUUAUAUUGUUUCUACAAGAACAUUGUGCUAUUUCUUAUUGAGCUUUGGUUUGCCUUUGUUAAUGCAUUUUCUGGGCAGAUUGUGUUUGAACGUUGGUGCAUUAGCUUGUACAAUGUGAUUUUCACUUCAUUACCAUCUAUUACUCUGGGAAUCUUCGACAAGUGUUGCAGUCAAGAGAGCCUGUUUAAGUAUCCACAACUCUACACAAUUUCUCAGGGAGCAAAAAUUUUCAACACAAAGGUGUUUUGGGUUGAAUGCAUAAAUGCUUUGUUUCACUCCUGCAUUCUCUUCUGGUUGCCUGCAAAGAUGCUGCAGCAUGAUAUGGUCUUACAAGGUGGUCACACAACAGACUAUUUGUUUCUUGGAAAUUUUAUUUAUACGUAUGUAAUAGUUACUGUUUGUCUGAAAGCUGGUUUGGAGACACUGUCUUGGAAUAAAUUUAGUCAUUUGGCAAUUUGGGGCAGCAUGGUGAUAUGGCUGGUAUUUUUUGCAAUUUACUGUUUCUUUUGGCCUACCAUUCCUAUUGCUCCUGAUAUGACAAGACAGGUCACUGUGAUCAUGGUUUGUCCACACUUCUGGCUGGGUUUUCUCAUAGUCCCCACUACAUGCCUAAUUCAAAAUGUAUUAAUGAAAAUGAUUGAAAAUACUAUCAGCAAAAGUUUUCUAGAGGAAGUUCGGAAGAUGGAAAGUAGCAGAGUUCAACAAAGUGAUGUUCCUAAAAUAUUCAGCAAGAGGAUGGAGGAAAAAAAUCUCCUAAUGUCCCAGCCCUGCCAGGUCUUCUUCCGGAAUAGCUCUGUUGAUACUAGUGCCCCACAUGGAUAUGCAUUUUCUCAAAUAGAAGGAACUACUAUUACUCAAGAAGAACUAGUCCGUUCUUAUGACAGUACCAAAACAAAACACGAGGAGAGUCUUACUGAAAUCAAAACUGAGGAGAAUCUAAGUAAGACUCUAUCUGACUACAGCUUGGUGUCAGCCACAGCACACAUCGCCUUGGGUGUUUUUGUUUUUCAUAAGGAAGUAAGAUGGCUAAGGAGUGUGAAACCUGGCCCCACUGAACGUGAGGUCAUAUCGGAAGUGCCAGGAAAAACUGCCGCAACCACAACCAAGAACCCACACAGCUCCUUCCCAGGGCUAAUGUCAAACAGCCACAGAAGUCCGACAGAGGAAGACAGCACCCAGAGGGAAGAAAGCAAGCCUCCUGAAGCGCCUCCAAAGCUCAGGGCAGACUGCAUCUCUGCCAGCUACAGCCCGACGCAGCUCUUCCAGGGAACCCAAAUUCAGGGAACCCACUAA